GCCAAAUAGAUAGAGAGAGAGAGAGAGAGAGAGAGAGAUAAGAGUUGUCUCGCUCUCCUUUCUUCGCACUUCUCUUUAAUGGGUGGUAGCAGUGGUAAUAAUACGAACAAUAAUUUCCUCAACAACCCCCAUCCUCGGCUCGCCGGAAACCUUCUCCCACCGCGAUUGCCGCUGCCGGAUCGACGUCUCCCUCCAUUUUCCUCUCACGCUCAGGCUUCGAUCCCCUGUGCCCCUCUUCUCUUCUGGAGAAAUUAGGGAUUCGGAAGGCCGCGGUCCCACCGCUGCUCGGAUCAAGAGAGGUAGCUCGUCAACAUUCGUUGGCUUGAUGAAGCGGCCAAGAUCAUCGUCGUACGGGGAGGACUUCGACGACGGUAACGAUGUGGGUGAGAAGCUCGGCUUUAGGGACUGGCCGAGGAGGAACCAGGAUCCCGACCGCUCGGUUUCGUCGUCGCACCGAAGGCCAUCCUUCUCCAAGACGGAGGGCUUGCGGAAGGUCUCGUCGUCUUCUUCAUCGCACGAUCGGCCUCUCGACGACGAUUGGGAGCCAUCGCGGCACAUCCGGAGACGGUACGAUCAUGAGCCGGAGCCCUUCGAUUGGCGGAAGAGCUACGAUCGGUACCGGGAUGGCAGGGACGGCGGGGAUCGACUGAUGCAAGCCUCGUCGCCGCGGGGCUCGUCGUACGGAAGCGACCGGAUGCACCGGUCUGAGAGCUUCUCGGGGUUGAGGAGGGAGUUUCCGAAGGGUUUUAGGUCGGAUAGGGACCGGUCGAGGAGGGAAGGGAAUGCUAGCUCGUCGUGGUGGAGAUCAAGAAGUUCCAAGGAGCUCAGUGCUGACGAGGUGCGGAAAUCGCCGUCGGUUGAUUCGGAUUCAGUCGGGAGGCGGAGUCAUGCGGCGUCGCCGGAUGAUCAUAGGGGGAAAGUGAGGUCCAGGGACUCCCCCACCGGGGUGCAAUCCAGAAGGGCUGAGAUCCAGACCGUGAAAACAUCGAAGUCAUGCAAGGAGAGCGGCAGUAGUAGCGAAAUGGAAGAGGGGGAGCUCGAGCCAGAUCCCAAACCGGAACCGGAACCGGAACCUGUGGCUGAACCUUCUAGUGAUAGUAAGGCAGCAACCGGAUUGGAAUCAGAGAACCACAAGGAUAGAGAUCCUGAGUACAAUAGUCUUUCUGAAGAAGUUCCUGACCAGAAAGAGAUCUUAGUGGAUGGAAAGAAAGUGGAUGUUGAUGAUAAUGGUUCUGUUGUUGCGGAGGAGGAAGCGAAGUUAACAGAUACUACUAUAAUGGAGACAAAAAAAACAGAUGAUCAGGUAAGAAAUGAUCAGGCUGUUGAUAGUAGUCUGCUGGAUGUGAGUAGCAAGUUAACAGAUGCCGUAGUGGACGGAGGAAACAUUAGUGAUCAAGGAAGGAAUAACCAGUCUACCGCUGUCAAGGAGUUGGAUGAGGGUAGCGGGGAAGGUGAAGGAAUGGCUACGGAUGCUUAUGGGGAUAAUGAAGUAGAAGGUAAAUUUUGUGGGGAGAAGUGUGAUGCUGUCAAGGAGCUGGAUGACAGAAGGUGGGAAGGAGAAAGAAAAGCUGAGGAUGCUAAUGGGGAUAUUGAAGUGGAGGUUAAAUUUUGUGCGACAAAGCAGGAAGCCUGUGGGGAAGAUAACUCGUGCUCCCAGUUUCAUGGGGAAGAACUGGCAGGCAAUCAUGAGGGGCAGGCAGUUGAGGAAGAAGCAAAAGAGAUGACAUCUGCUAUUUCUCCUUUGAAAGAAGAGAAGUUAGUGGAGGAUAGGGAAGAAGCUCGACCCAAUGAAGCUGUAGUCGAAAUUGAGCAGGCAGUUGAGGAAGAAGCAAAAGUGAUGACAUCUUCUAUUUGCCCUUUGCAGAAAGAGAUUUCAAUGGAGAAUAAGAAAGAAACCCAAUGCAAUGAAGCUAAAGUUGAAACCAAACAGAAGCAUGAGACAGCCGAUGAACAAGGUGUGGAAGCUGAAGAUGAAAUUCAGCAAAAACAUGAGACUGGCGUGGAGUUUGAAGUUCAGCAGAAAGAACAAAGUGGUAUUGAUCUCGAGACUGAACCAGAGGGAACUAGUAGCUUGUUUGAUCAAACUAGGGAAGUUACUUGUGAGAUUAAUCAUGAGGUAGUGACACUGACACUUAUGAGGGACCAGAGUAAGCUGAAUUACAAGGACAAAGGUAAGGGACUUGCAUUCUCUCUCUCAGCUGAAAGGGAUUCUGUGGAAGAUGAUAAUGCCAUCGAGGGCUUUAGCGGAAGGGGCUUCGAAUUGGUGUUCCGAUCUGACACUGGUCAACCAGAAAAAGCAUGCUCUAGUGGGAUUGUUGCCCGCAGACUUGAAGAUGACAAUCUCAAAAUUGAACCUCUUGAUCUCUGUCUUGCUUUGCCAGGUGGUUUGUUUGAUCAUUCUUCAAAACAUUCAAAGCCAAAAAUCGAAACCCUGAGCUGUGCCAGGGACAUACAGUCUUUGCCAUCCUCAUUCAGAACAAAUUCAAAUGGAUUUACAACUUCGAUCUCAUUCACAAGCUCUCAACCCUUUGUUCAUAAUCCUAGUUGUUCUCUCACACAAAAUUCAUUGGACAAUUAUGAGUACUCGGUUGGUAGCCAUCCAAUAUUUCAAGGAGUUGAUCAGGUGUCCAGUGGUACAAUAUGGCAAGCUCAGACUUCAAAUGAUUCUAAAAUGAAGGGAUCUGUCCCCCUCUACCAAAGGGUAUUGCUGAAUGGUAACUUAUCACAUAAUUUACGUAACACCACGAAUGGCCAACAUCAAUCAGUGCCCACUUGCAUCCAGCAGUCAAGCCUUCCAAGACAGAUGUCCCCGACGGACAGCCAUGGUUCUCAUGAGACUGGAUCACAACUUAACAAGGACAAGCGGCUGCUUAUGGGGGAAAGAAACAGCAGCAGUUUGUGUAGGACCGAGAAACGGGAUGGAGAGCAGCUCGUCCUUAAUGGUUCUGGUGUUACAGAGAAGAUCCUUUCCAAGAUUAUGGCAGAACCUUUGCAACUUAGUGGCAGAAUGCUUCAGGAAAUGACUGAUCAGUCAGUAGCCUACCUGAGGGAAACCAUUUCUGAGAUGCUAACUGUUACAGAUAAAAGCAGGCAGAUGCGCGAAUUUCAGGAGGCACUUCGAAGGAGGUCUGACAUGACAAUGGAUACAUUAAUCAACUGUCCAUGUGUCCUCCUAGAGAUUCUGGUGGCCAUAAAAACAGGUCUUCCUGAUUUUAUUCGGAGAACUACUAACAUAAAAUCUUCCGAUUUGGUUGAGAUAUUCCUGAACUUGAAGUGCCAGAAUCUUGCUUGUCGGAAUUCCUUGCCUGUGGAUGAUUGUGACUGCAAAGUUUGCAUAGACAAAACUGGCUUCUGCAGUGCUUGCAUGUGUCUUGUGUGUUCCAAGUUUGAUAAUGCAUCAAACACUUGUAGUUGGGUUGGCUGUGAUGUAUGUCUACAUUGGUGCCACACAGAUUGUGGAUUACAAGGUUCUUAUAUUCGAAAUGGGCUUAGCACGUCGGCUGAUGAAGGAAUUACUGAGAUGCAAUUUCACUGUGUUGCUUGUCACCAUCCUUCUGAGAUGUUUGGCUUUGUCAAGGAAGUUUUUAAAACCUGUGCUAAGGAUUGGAAAGUAGACACUCUUGCUAAGGAGCUUCAAUAUGUCAAAAGGAUCUUCUCUACCAGUAAUGAUUUACGGGGUAAAAGAUUACACGAUUUAGCUGAUAAGAUGCUGCUGAAUCUGGAGAAAAAAGCCAGUCAUUCUGAAGUUGUUAUGCACAUUUUGACAUUCCUUUCCGAUAGUGAAUUUAACCUCAGCAGUGCUUCCGUCUCUACACCUAAGGAUUCAUCCAGAAAUGAGGCUGGCCAAAUCAAUGUAGCUUGCUCUAGCAAAGACUGGUUACCAUCUGUUCCUUCAGAGAAGGCAUCCCUUCUUGAAAAUACAGGACUUGUUUUGAGCAUGGGUUGUGACCAGGUCGGCAGAAAAGCUAGGGAUGUCGAGCUGCAAAUGAGCCUUGAAAAGAAGCCAGUUGUUGAUGAGCUGGAGAGUGUCAUAAAGUUCAAACAUGCGGAGGCAAAAAUGUACCAAGAACGUGCUGAUGAUGCAAGGAGAGAAGCCGAGAGCCUAAAGCACAUAUCAAUAGCCAAGAAUUCUAAGAUUGAUGAAGACUAUGCUAGUCAAAUUGAAAAAUUACGAUUGAGCGAGGCAGAGGAAAGGCGCAGACAAAAGUUUGAAGAACUACAAGCUAUCGAGAAGGCACACCGAGAGUAUUUCAAUAUGAAGAUGCGGAUGGAAGCUGAUAUCAAAGAUCUAUUAUUAAAAAUGGAAGCUACCAAACGAAAUUUAAAUACAUGACUGUGAUUCAAUGACCAACAGUUUGUGGUACUUGGCUUUCUUAUCGGAUGACUACAGCUAUAGGUCAGCCACAUUUGUAGGAUUCUCACAUUAAACUUGUAAGUUGUAGGAGUUUUAAUCUUUCUACUCUUUGUCAUGCUCUCCUUUUUAUUGAUUAUCUGUAUGAUGUAAGAAUAGCUAUUCAAAUGAAAAAAAAAAGAGAAAAAGAAUGAUCCUUGUCAUCUGGC